AUGUACCGCACAGCCGCCCGGUCGCCGGCGCGCCUCCUGCGCUGCGCCGGCCAAUCCGCUACUGCUGCCCGUGCCGGAUCGUCCCGGAGGUUUCUCACCACCGCGCCCGCGGCCAAGAGGGGCACCUGGAAGGGCGCUGCUCUGCGAUGGGGUCUGGCUGCCGGUGCUGUCUACUGGUACAGCACGAGCCCCAUCUUCGCCGACGAGCCAGUCGCUAGCACGAUCCCGGCGCCGCCCCAAUUCUCCGACUCCGACAUGCCCACCGUCGAAGCCGUUGUCGAGGAGAAGCGAAGACAGGCCGAGCUCAAGGCCCAGAAGUCGGCUCCUCCCCCGCCACCGGCACCCGAGACCUCGGAGCUGAGCGCCGCCAUCGCCCAGGAGGAAUUCGAACCCGGCCAGACCCCCGAGGAGCUCGAGGAGGAGGCCGGCCAGCAGGGCGCUUUCAACCCCGAGACGGGCGAGAUCAACUGGGACUGCCCCUGCCUCGGCGGCAUGGCCCACGGACCUUGCGGCGAGGAGUUCAAGGCCGCGUUCAGCUGCUUUGUGUACUCGACCGAGGAGGUCAAGGGCGUCGACUGCAUUGACAAGUUCCAACACAUGCAGGACUGCUUCAGGCAAUACCCCGAGAUUUACGGUUCAGAACUAGCCGACGACGAGGAAAGUGACGCUGCUGUGCCCAUCGAGGGUGCGGCUGAUGCCGAGCCUCCCAAGGACAUGGACAAGGAGGCGGCGCCCGAGAUCAGCGCAGCACUGAAGGGGUCUCAGGAGACUCAGGCACCCGUCGCCGAGUCCGCACAGCCGGAGGUGCCCCAAGCCGAGAGCGAACCUGAGGCCAAGCCUGCUAGCAAGAUCAUCGAGCAGGCCGCCGAGACCCCCGUCUCUGCCGAGGAGACCAUGACACCGCGCAAGGCCUUUGACGCGACCGACGCCAACAACCACAACAAGACGCAGUCAUGA